AUGGGCAAAUCCAAAGGUGGAUACUACGCGGUGAGGAACGGUAGAAGCAAGGGUGUGUACAACUCCUGGAGCGAUUGCUUGAAACAGGUCACUGGAUACUCCAAUGCCUCAUUCAAGAAAUUUGAUACGAUGGCUGAGGCCAGUGCGUUUGUUAGUGGAGGGUCUCGAGGUGGAUCUGCGAGGGCGUCCACGGCGCAUAAUUCACCUUCUAAUGGGCCGUACAGUUUGUCUUCCUCGCGGUCCUACGCGCUUUCAUAUGCGCAGCGAUCUCCGGGGCAAGUUUCUAAAUCUCUUAAAGCUACAGAUGCCACCCCAGACGGUGCAUCUACUUCUCCACAAACAGUGGAUCAUUCCAAACACAUUUACGUUGACGGAGCGGCCAGGGGAAAUGGCCGCGGAAACGCUCGUGGCGGGGCGGGAAUUUACUACGGCCCUGGAGAUCCCAGGAACAAAUCAAUUCCAUUGCCAGAUACAACCAACCAGAAAGCUGAGCUUCUGGCAAUGCGCGAAGGACUAAAGGGCGCGCUGAAGGAUACAUCGAACAAAUAUACCAUCCAUUCUGACUCGCAAUAUGCGAUCAAGAGCUCCACCAUCUGGUACAAACGGUGGGAAGAAAAUGGGUGGAAAAAUACCAAAGGCGAACCAGUUGCCAACAAAGAACUUGUUCAGGACGUGGUUCAGGCCAAGCGGGCUUUGAACGAUGUUUACGAGUCUAAGGGCUGGGGUAAGGUUGAGAUCAAGCACGUCAAUGGACACUCAGGUGACCCUGGAAACGAUGCUGCUGAUGCACUGGCAAAUAGAGGUGCGGAUGCAGUAAAAGAUUAA